UAAUUAAUUAAUUUCGUCAUCUAAUUUUGUUUUUUUAAUUACACUCUCUCUUUGUGAAGUUGUAACAGUCGCAUUCGGGUGGUGUCCCCCGCCAUAUAUAGUUUCCUACAUAUAUAUACAGAGGUUUUGCAUCACCUCCUUACGGUUGUUACAAAAAGAAUUACUACAAUAAAUAUCGAAACUACGAAAACAAAAUUAAAAAGAAAAAAAGAUUUAAAUUAUUAGGAAUUCAGAUCAUUGGAUUAUUCAUCGAUUAUGGGUUUUCUUCACAAACUGUGGGAUGAUACACUUGCCGGACCUGCACCAGAUUCAGGCCUAAGUAAACUCCGCAAGUUUAAUACUUUCUCUGGGCGUAUUGCCUCUAGUGCUCCUUCGUCCCCCACCAAGUUUAGCCACCACAACGCCGUCGCCGCCGAUAGUGAUAAUCCGAUCCCGAUUUCCCGGAGCAUUACAAUUCUCCGCAGCAACUCAACUUCUGCAUCACCAAGUGUCAACGCUACGCCUCAUUCUGGAUCUGCACCAUCUUCCCCUGCUACUUCUAGCGCUCCCACUUCCCCAUUUGCACCAAGUACACCACGGAGGUAUUACAAGAAGCAACCAAAGGGAAAAGCAAACAGGGAACGGUCUCCAAACUAUGAUUGGAUCGUGCUGAGUGCUUGGGAUCGUUGACGAGAUAGAUCAACUGAGAAAACAACUAUUUAUGUGUGUGAAGAAAUGAAUGCUAAAGGCCGCGCACAAACAAACUGAUAGAGAUAUAGGUUACCGGCUGCUAAUCGGAUUUCCAAUGUUGUUGUGCAUAGAUAAUUAAUCUGUACAUAUUUGUUUCUUGAUUUAGUAUUAGUAUAUAUAAGGAGUACCAUAUAUAACCAGAAUAAGAAGGUUCUUUCAGUACUGAAGAACCACUGCAUCAUCAUUUAUAUAUGUUAAUAUCAGGGAGAGAGAAACUAGAAGUAGGAGAGUUAAUUUUUCUUGUAAGUUGUAACUUGCUUCCUCCAUCUGUCUGGAGCGAUGUCUUUUUUUCUUAUUUUCGUGGAGAUUAGCUCUCUUCUGCGAUCUGUCUAGACGGAUGUGAGUUUGAUGUAAUUAGGAGUAAUAAAUAAAGCUCCAGUUUAGUUUAA